AUGACCUCAACCUCCACAUAUGCCACCUUCAUUACUACAGACCCCACCUUCACCACUACUGACCCUAUCUUCACCAAUACUGACCCCUUCUUCAUCACUACACACCCAACCUUCACCACUACAGACCCCAACUUGUUCACUACAGACCCCAGCUUCGCCACUACAGAUCCCAGCUUCGCCACUACAGAACCCCGCUUCGCCACUGCAGAAUCUACCUUCUCCACUUCAGACCCCACCUUCAUGACUACAGACUCCAUCUCCACCAACUCAGACCCCAACUCCACCAACACAGACCCCACAUUCACCACUACAGACCUUAGCUUCAACUGUACAGACGACACCUUCUCCACUACAUACACCACCUCCAUCACUACAGACCCCAACUUCACCUCUACAGACCCCACCUUCACCACUACAGACCACACCUUCAUCAAUACAGACCCCACCCUCACCACUACAGACCUCACCUUCACCACUACGGACCCCACCUCCAUCACUCUACAGACCCCACCUUCAUCACUACAAGCCCCACCUUCACCACUACUGACCUCUCCUUCACCACUACAGAUCCCUCCUUCUCCAUUAGAAACCCCACCUCUGGCACUACAGACCCCACUUUCUCCACUACAGACCCCACCGUCUCCACUACUGACCUCACCGUCUCCACUAGUGACCCCACCUUCACCACUACUGACCCCAUCUUCACCAAUACUGACCUCAUCUUCUUCACUACACACCCCACCUUCUCCACUACAGACCCCUCCUUCACCGCUACAGACCCCAACUUCUCCACUACAGACCCCACCUCCACUACUACUGACCCCAUCUUCAACAAUACUGACCACAUUUCAUCACUACAGACCCCACCCUCACCACUACAGCCCCCACAUUCUGAAGUACAGACCGCACCUCCGCCACUACGGUCCCGAGUUAACCGCUACAGACCCCACUUUCACCACUAUAAACCCCUCCUUCACCAAUACAAACCUCAUCUUUGCCACUACAGACCCCAGCUUCUCCACUACAGAACCCACCUUCACCACUACAGACCCCACCUUCUCCACUACAGACCCGAGCUUUGCCACUACAGAUCCCACCUUCUCCACUACAGAACCCACCUCCAUCACUACAGACCCCACUUUCACGAAUACAGACUCCACCUCCACCAACAUAGACCCCACAUUCACCACUAGAGACCCCAGCUUCAACUCUACAGCCCCAGCUUCAACUCUACAGACCACACCUUCACCACUACAGACCCCAACUUCACCGCUGCAGACCCCACCUUCUCCACUACAGACCACACCAUCUCCACUACUGACCCCACUGUCUCCACUACUGACCCCGCCUUCUCUACUACAAACCCCACCUUCUCCACUACAGACCCCACCUCCGCCACUACAGUCACCCCUUAACCACUACAGACCCCACCUUCUCCAGUACAGACGCCACCUCCAUCACUACAGACCCCAGCUUCUCCAUUACAUACCCCACCUUGGCCACUACAGACCCCCCCUUAACCACUACAGACUCCACCUCCACCAAAGACGACCAAACUCACCACUACAGACCUGAAAUUCAGCACUACAGACCCCACCUUCAUCAAUACAGACCCCACCUUCAACACUACAGACCCCACCUCAACCACUACUGACCUC